GGUUGUUGUGCAGUGUUGCAUCUAUUCUAGUUGUUGCAUUGCGCUUGAAAUCAAAUAGCAUAAUUCAUACGAAUUUUAUCUUCCGUAAACCUUAUACAAGCCCCAUUAGUUUAUAUGUAAAUCCAUCUAAAUUAAACAUGACAAGAAAGGUCCAUAAAUAACACCAUUGCCAAAAAUAGAAACAGUAUUGCAAUUUCAUGGCGUCACAUCCGUUUUGAAAUCGAGUGGAUAUCCGCCUUACUUCGUAAGAACACGGUGAACGAAUUGGUGAGAUAGAAAACGAUAAAUAGUAUAUUCUAAUCGUUUCACAGGCUAUGGUAGUUGUUAAGUAGAAACAAAUACAAUGAGUGAUAAUGUUGGGAGAGCUUUUCAGCCGAAAAAGACACCGAUUACCAAUGAAUAUCGACUGACUGGCACUGUGUUAGGACUUGGAAUAAAUGGUCGAGUUGUUGAAUGUUUUCAUAGACCUUCAGGGGAAAAAUAUGCCCUAAAGGUUUUAAAAGAUGUACCAAAAGCCAGACGAGAAGUCGACUUACACUGGAGAGCUGGUCUAGGAAGCAAACAUAUUGUUAAAAUUAUUGAUGUUUUUGAAAAUAAUUAUUCUGGUCAAAGAUGUUUGCUAGUUAUAAUGGAAUGUAUGGAAGGUGGCGAAUUAUUCACAAGAAUACAAGAGAGAGCAGAUUCAGCAUUUACAGAAAGAGAGGCAGCUGGAAUAAUCAAAGAUAUAGCAAAAGCAAUAGCUCAUCUACAUAACAUGGAUAUAGCACAUCGUGAUUUAAAACCUGAGAAUCUUUUAUAUAGUUCAAAGAAAGAAGAAGCAGCUGUUUUAAAAUUAACCGAUUUUGGUUUCGCAAAAGAAAUUGCUGUUCAAAAAUCAUUACAGACACCUUGUUAUACCCCAUAUUAUGUUGCACCAGAAGUUUUAGGACCAGAAAAAUAUGACAAAUCAUGUGAUAUGUGGUCUUUAGGAGUUAUUAUGUAUAUUUUAUUAUGUGGAUAUCCACCAUUUUACAGUAAUCAUGGAGCCCCUAUAUCUCCUGGAAUGAAGAAACGAAUCCGUAAUGGCCAAUAUGAGUUUCCUAAUCCAGAAUGGAACAGAGUCUCACAAGAUGCUAAAGAUUUAAUUCGUGGUUUAUUGAAAACAGAUCCCGAUGAGAGAAUGGAUAUAGAUGCCGUUAUUAAAACUAAAUGGAUAUCUGAUCUAACUUUAGUUCCACCCACUCCUUUAAUGUCUGCUAGAGUAUUGAGAGAAGAAGGUGAUGUAUGGAUGGAUGUACAGGAGGAAAUGACGAAUGCUUUGGCUACAAUGAGAGUUGAUUAUGAUAAGUCAAUAAAUAUCAAAAGUUUACAAGAUUCUAAUAAUCCUAUCCUAAACAAACGGCGUAAAAAAGAGACAGAAACACCAGUUUAAUGGCUGCUCUUCCAUUUUAAAAUUUUUGUUGCCAUAUAGUUGUUGAUUAAUUGUUAUUAUUUUACAUGAUGUUGUGUUGGGCGAUAAGUAGUUAUAAUAUUUAACAACAACCAUUGAAUUUUCUUAAACCUCUUCAGACUAAUAAAAAACCUAUUGGAUUUUUUGUGUAUGAAGCAACAAAGCCAUCACAAACUGAAAAGAAAUAUAUCAACUUCAAUCACGAUAUUGGAAAUGAAAUGAAAUGGGGUUAAACGUCCUACUGUUCUGCACCAACUGGGCUAAUGAAGACGUACGUAGGCUAUACACUGUGCUAUGACAGAAAUUAUGCUCGGACAGUGGCUUUACAUCCUGUUAAUUUCAAAUUCAAAGGAUCAUGGGUUCUUAGUGUAGGCCAGUGUGUACACAGGACAUCAGGGUUUUUUUUCUAGUUUCAUUGAAAUGACUAGACUUUAUUCUGUAGAACAGACAAGUGAAAACCAUGCCAGAAAAUCCUUAGGAACUUUCUUUGCGAACACCGCGAUUGAACCUGGGAUUUCCUGGCUAGCAAGCCUGUGCCAUUUCACUGAGUCACCGAGCCCCCCCCCCCCCUUACGACAUUAAAGAUAUGUUUGGCAUAUUUGGUUACGUCAACAGAGAGGUUGAAUGGGAUUUUGUCGAAGUGAAAAUUUCCAGAUUCAUGAUUUACCCCUGAGGUACACAUGUAUACAAAGAGUCUUGUUUAAUUUAGAGUCACUGUUUUUUUAUAUUGAGGACAUCGACGUUUUGACAAAGUUCUUGCGAUUUAAUUAGUGAAAUAUUUUAUAUGCACUCUUUAUUUGUCAUGAAGUAUUGCUGUUAUAGCUCUUUACAAAAGACAAAAUGUGACCAUUUAUUUGUUUUUUAUCAUUUCUACUUAUGAUAUUGCCCAAUGCUAACAUUGUGUACCAUAUACAAGAUUUGUUUUUUUUAACACCAACUUAGAUAUUAGUGAUAUAUUUAUACUGUUUUAUCACUUUUAGUAGUUGAGAUCAAUUGAUACUAAAUAGUUGUUACAUAUUAUAGAAUUGAUUUAAUGUUAAGUUGGGAACAAAAUUAAUCGCUGAGUAAAUGGUUAUUCUAAAAGCCAGUAAAUAUGCCUACACGACCAACUGUGUACACUCAAUGACACAGUAACAGUUUUCGAUUUUUCAUUCUAUGCUGCUUCCAUUUGAAACUGUACUAUGUAGUUGCUAAUUAAAUUCUACUAUCUAUAGCAUAAAAGUAAAUCUAAGCUGACAAGUGUUUAUAGGUGAAUGAGCAGAUAGGCGAUGGAAAGACAAUUUUUAAGUUUUCAUUAAGAAGUGUUAAUAUUGUACUAAGGCAUUAAGGUCUAAAUUAAAACAUUUGGCCUUUUUGUUUUGUAAUUAAAGCAUCAUAUAAUUUAUUCUUUCCUUCCAGUCAGUAUCCAAAUUAAUUCCAGAAAUGUUUAUUUCUUAAUGAGGCAUUACCAUCUAGGUUUUUUUUUUUGUACAAAAAUGUUCGGUCAUCUUCUUUUGACAUUAGAGCAAGUUGCUUUUAUUUUUUUUAAUGAGCUAUAUUUUGCAUUUUACAACCAAUCUGCUUAUGGUCCUGUGAUGUACCACAUUUCAGUUUCUUAAGACAGAGACUAUGCUAUUAUGGUUAUAUAUAGACUAUAUUAAAAAGGAUCUGUUUAGCUAGUGCCUUUAACUAUAUCAUAUGUUAAUGUAGCUGCUUUUUAAUUUAUAUUUAUUCUUUUGUUUAAUUGUGUAGAAAUAGAAGUCACUGACGGUUUAAUUAGAUAAAAGUAUGUCUAUUACAAUCAAUGUUUGUUGUUCAACACCAAUUUAUAGACCAAACUAGAUCAAGAUUGGAAUAAAGUAUUUAUGACUGCUUGUACCAGCAUUUAUUGUAAAAUGUAUAGAAUUAUUAAUGCAUGAAGAUAUGCCAAAGUGGUAUUAAUAAGGGGUCAUUAGUGUUGAAUAUGUGAAAAGUCUGCAUUGAUCUUUCAAUAAGUUUUAAUUUCCCUAGGUUGAAAGCAAUAUUUUCUAAUAUUUCUGGAUAUACUUAAACAAAAAACAAACAAAAAAACAAGCUAAAAAAUGCUACUUUCUAUGUUUGUCCAUGAAUACAAAGAUGUGCUCAAAAAGGACAGAUGCAUAGUUUUGAAUAUACUAGUAAUCUGUUCAACAGCAUAUUAAACAUGUUUUUGAGAUAUGCAAGUAAGAAUGUAAAUAUAAAUAACAUGUAUAUAGAUAUGAUUUAUAAUGCAUAAUUUACUGUUAACAUAUAAAUGAUAAAAGAAAUUUGAUUUAUUGAAGUUGAAGUUGUUUGUUUCUGGAUAUUUAUACCUCAAUGUAUGAACAACAUUUUGGGUGAUUCAAAUAUUCUUAACCCUGAAGGUAAUGAACAUUAUCAGCACUUUAACCAUUGCUACAUCAGACAGAAAUGAUGGCCAAUUGAUUUCAUUGGUCAAGGAAUUUCACUUGCCGACUAAGAAAAGUGGUAGUACGUCCAAUCAUUGUUAUAACACACUCCUUAAUAUUAUACAUGUACCUCGUUGAACGGGCAUCAAGUAAGCAUUUUGGAAAUGAAAUCUCUAAAUGACUUUGUUGAAUCAUCACAACAUAUGCAGCAGUUUCCAUGCUUACCUUUAAGUUAAAUUGGAAUACAGACCCGGGGGAAGAUAACUAAGAAACAUCACUUGAUCAUAGUAUGUGUAGCAAUGGAUAAUGAGCUGAUAAUGCUCAUAACCAUUGCUUCAGGAAUAUGGUUGGUUAUUGACUGCCAUGGUGGAUUUUUUUUAUAUUUUAUAUAGAAAUUGAAAUUUUAUAUAGAAAUUGAAAUUUAUGUUUUAUAAUAAAAAUUACAUUAUAUUUGAAAUGAUUGUAUCAUGAUGUAUAAUGAAGGUAUAUAUACUUGGUAAUGUAUAUCAUACAAGAUGAAAAUAGUUGUAGUUCCUGUUAUUACAACAAUAUUAUGCCAUUGUUUUUAUACACCCAUAUUUGAUGAGAAAUUUUUUACAUUGCCCAAAAGCCGAUGUCAAACAUGAUAAAUUCCCCUAUCACAGAUAGCCGGUGAUUUUGUAUUCCAACAUCUUUUUUUACACAUUUGUAAAAAAUAUUUUUAUACACAUUUAGAGAUCCUAAUAAUUAAAAGCAUCCUUCCAAAAUAAUUAAAUAUCAACAGUUUAUUUGUUUAUUAAAUUAUAAAUGAGUUGUUGCAAUGAAAAAAGGAUGUUUUAUUAAAAAAUAUCAAAUACUAUAAAAUAAGAAAUUAAUUUCUAUGUGACCAUAAGUUUGUUUGAUACAUGUAACCCCUCUUUUUAAAAUAUGUGUAGAACUCCUUGUGAUUAAUUACAAUCAAAUACAAUGUCAUCGAUAUUGAAGUAAUUUCAAUAAUAUUUAUGUCGCUUUUGUUUGGUCACUUUAAUUUCACCCCUAGUAAAAUUCUUGUUUUACAUAGACUUUGAUAUCAAGUUAUGAAAAUUUUCCUGUUAAGUUUAUGUCCUUUAAUGAUGUAAUUUCAAGAAAAUUCCAAUAUAUUAUCUUCUUAAAUUGAGAAUACAGAUAGACUAAUAAUGUCUGUGUUAUGUUAUUAGAAAGAUUAAAACUAAUGAUUUUCAUCAUUAAUGUAAUAGAUGAAUGAAUGUUUUAAAAUUCAACACUAUACCAAAUGUUGUACAUAUUUUAGCACCGUAGUUGUGUAGUUGUACACAUCCUUGUAUAUACAAUGAAUAAUUAAGUAUAGUUUUUGUAGUUAUGAACUAUUGGGUAAUACUAGAUUGUGCUCAGACCAUUAUACCAAUGUAUAACAGUUAACUGAAAGAAAACUUUUAAAAUCAGUUCUGGUAAAGUAAAUUAUUGUAAAACAUUAUCCAUCGAUAAAUUCAAUGUGAAUCAGUAUGGUUAAUACAAAGAUAUCAGUAAAGCACUCCUUAAUGAGAACACAUUCUUGCUUUAAUCAUUUAAUCAUCACUUUACAUCACAUUUUAUCAGAAAUUAUAAAAAAAGAAUAGACAUUGUUAUUCAUUGACUCAGUAUUUAAACUACUGUUUUAUUGGUAAUGGUUUGAGCUGUAAGUACUUGUAUAUAUUACAGAGAUGCAAUGAAAACUCACCACUUUUCUAAAUGAAUAAUUGUAAUUCUUCAAUUAGGAAUGUAACAACCAUGGUUCACGAUGCUAACAUGUGAGAAGGAUGUUUUCAUGAUCGAGUUAUCGUAGCACAGAUCAUUUCUCUUAAACACAAUAGGAAUGUUGAAAUUCACUAUUUUGUGGUGCAGACAUGAGGUCAGCACAACUCCACUGUUCUGUGGAAGAUGCAAUGUUAUGCCAAGGGUGACACCAGCUAUGAGAAUGUGCCAUUGUGUAAAUUCAAGAGGGCAUGAAGCAGCAUUACAAGGAGAGUUGAGAAAGCUCCCACAAGCAGCCAUUCAGAGGCUUAUCUCCUUCAUGCGGCUUUUGUGACUGCACAUACAUGUAGAUGUUACCAACAUUUGAUUUUUACCCCUUGCCCCAAUGUUUGAUUGUAAAGUUGUUAUGGCCUCCAUGGGUUGUUGUGUUGGAAAAUUUCCAGCCUAUAAUCACAAUUCUACUGCAUUAUGUCUCGACAACACUUUUUCAGAUCAGCGGUGCAUUUUCAUUUUGUCUAUAUUUAGUUGGCAUUCUUCACUGUUUAUUUCACUUUUAAUACAAUUCAUAUAUUUCUUCUUUUACUUCAAAUCCGUUUUACAAAAAAGUGUUAGUUUUUUUCCAGUUUAAUGAUUAUUACUAAUCUGGAAUUAGUACUUUAAUAUGUUGGAUCAUUUUAGCUCAAUAAUUAACAAAUGCAGUCUUAUGUUAAGCAUUUAGAAUUUUUAGUUAUUUAAAGACUCAACUGUUUCAUUUUUUUACCAAUUAUAAUAUAGAAGCUCAGUAUUGGAUAUAAAUAAUAAUACAAAAAAUAUAAAAUAAUAACCCAAUAAACAAAGUUUGUGUAUAUAGUUGCAAUUAUUUGUACCAUAUUUAUAUAUCUAGUACUUAUAUCACUUUUUUUUGUGUAUUAAUGAAAAACAAAUAUAUAGUAACAUUUAUA